GUUUCUUUUGCUGAAAAUAGUUAGCAGAGGUUGUGACCAGCGGAAGGAGCGGGGGCUCAUCCCUCUGCCUUUUGAAAUAAUUCAUCUGUAGGGUGCAGUGGAAACUUCCUGGGACGGAGAAAGCCAGAGGCAGCUCACCUGACUCCCAUUCAACAAGAGAAGGAGGAGGUCUGCUUGACAAUGGCAACAGAAGAUUCUUUGUCGUCACCUGGCUUGGAUCGGGUAGCUGGUGAGAAGUUCCUGCAGGAAGCCUUCCAGAUCAUGCUUGAAGAAGGGAUUCAAAAAGGGAUGGAUGUCUCUGAAAAGGUGUGUAUUUGGAAGGAACCUGAGGAACUGCAGCAAAUUCUGGACCUGAAUCUAAAAGACAAUGGAGAGCCACAUGAAAAGUUGCUGGAACGCUGUCGGGAUAUUAUCAAAUACAGCGUGAAAACAUGUCAUCCACGCUUCUGCAAUCAGCUAUUUUCUGGGCUUGAUCCCCAUGCUCUGGCUGGACGGAUGAUCACAGAGAUGCUCAACACUAGUCAAUACACGUAUGAGAUUGCACCUGUGUUUGUCUUGAUGGAGGAGGUGGUGCUGAAGAAGCUGCGAAAGUUGGUUGGCUGGGAAAAAGGUGAUGGACUCUUCUCCCCUGGAGGGUCCAUAUCCAACAUGUAUGCCAUGAAUGUGGCACGGUAUCACCGUUUCCCAGACUGCAAGCAGAAGGGGCAUUGGGCAAUACCAAAGCUGGCAGUGUUUACGUCAGAAGAGUGCCACUACUCCAUCCAAAAGGGAGCAGCUUUUUUGGGCAUCGGCACGGACAAUGUCUACCUUGUAGCAGUGGAUGAAAAAGGGAAAAUGAUCCCUGCUGAUCUAGAGAAAAAGAUCAACCAGGCCAAAUCAGAGAGAGCACUCCCCUUCUUUGUCAAUGCCACCUGUGGCACCACUGUCCUGGGAGCUUUUGACCCCCUGCCUGAAAUUGCAGAGGUGUGCACAAGACACAAACUCUGGUUCCAUGUGGAUGCAGCCUGGGGUGGCAGUGCUCUCUUCUCCCAAAGACACCGGCAUCUUCUGGAUGGGAUUGAAAGGGCUGAUUCAGUGGCUUGGAAUCCACACAAAAUGCUUAUGACUGGGCUUCAGUGUUCUGCCUUCCUGGUCCGGGAUAACUCUGGACUAUUACAGAGAUGCCACUGUGCCCAAGCUACCUACCUCUUCCAGACGGACAAGUUCUACAACAUAGCUUAUGACAGGGGGGACCAAACCAUCCAGUGUGGACGCAAAGUGGAUUGCUUUAAGUUGUGGUUGAUGUGGAAGGCCAACGGCAGCAAAGGCUUGGAGCAGAGAGUGGAUAGGGCCUUUGCUUACACUAGGUAUCUAGCUGAUGAAAUUAAGAAGAGAGAAGGCUUUCAGCUAGUGAUAGAGCCAGAGUUCAUCAAUCUCUGUUUUUGGUAUGUUCCUCCCAGUCUGCAAGGGCAGGAAGGCUGCACUGAUUACUGGGUGAAACUGGAGAAGGUAGCUCCACUGAUUAAGGAGCAGAUGAUGAAGAAAGGUUCCAUGUUGGUGGGCUAUCAGCCACAUGGCAAAAAGGUGAACUUUUUCCGCCAGGUGGUCACCAAUCCAGCAGUCACCAGAAAUGACCUGGAUUUCUUCCUUGAUGAAAUUGAGAGGCUUGGCAGAGAUCUAUAGAUUGUGUACAAUGCAGAUUGGAAGAGUUAUGUAUAUGGUUCAAAAGCAGACAUCACCUUACUUCCAAUCACCGCGCACCAGUCUUGAAAUGGCUUGGAAGCUACACUUCUCCAACCAUGCACAGGGACCCAUGAGCAGAUCCAACUGGUGCAUGGUCUUUUUGCUGCUAUUAAACCAUUUUACAAACAUGUUGUGAAGAUGUAACAGUAACGUAUGCGCUCCACCACUUUUUUUCUCCCCUAUUUCUGUAAUUGUGGGUGUGUUCCAAAAUUAGAGCAAACACGUGCUUUAAUUUCUUCACUGCCAACAAGGAAAGUUUAGGACUUUCAAACAUGAGCUCUAAAAUCCAACAGCCACUAAGUAGCAGCAAAUAGAUACAGACAAUUCAACCUCUUUGCUGCUAGCUAGUAGCUUGGAGUUUUGCAGUUCGGAAAGUGUAGCCCUUGAGAAAUUGUAACUUUCUAGUGAUUAUAUAUUCUGGCUUCAUUUGUCCGAAUCAUCUUUUUUUCCAUAGGUUUCUGAUAUACCUUUCUGUAGCCCUUUUCUUCUUGAAGAGGAACAGCUGGAGAAAAAUAAUGCUGUUUUAAGGGUUUAGCAGAGCAAGAGCAUCUUUGCUUCUCAAGCUCUGCUUUGAUUAUAUGUUGCUGGAUCUUAAGGAUUCAGUCUCCAUGAGGAUUUGCUCUAACCUGGUCUGUGGUUUCCCAAUGGUAUAUCCCCCCAAUUUCUACUUGCUGCUUCAUUGUGAAUCGGGGCUGUUCUGGGGGGGACGAUUGAAGAAUAUUGGGAGUAUAUGCCAAGAGUAUACAGUACUGUGCAAAAGUUUUAGGCAGGUGUGAAAAAAUGCUGU